AUGCUUUCGCUUCCAUUGAUCACCCCGAGCGACUCUCAUGAAUUAUGGUUUGGGUCCUCCCAAUCGUACCGUUCGUCCCCUUCGCACCAAACUCCCGGCGAUCCAGCUUCCAAUCACCCGUCGCGACGCAAUGCCAACCCCAGCAGUGGCCACCGCGCAUUCAUGCCGUCUCGCGCACCAUCAAACACGCUUUCUGCCUUACUCGUCGAAGAACGGGCCCUCCGCGCACGGAAGCAAAACAUCGCGUCGUUUGGAUACUCGUGGAUUCGGCCGGCGGGAUGUGCCAAGACGAUGCUGGGGAUGAAAGAGGAGGAAGCCGAGCGUGAAGAGGCGCUCGCUGCGGCAGAGGCGGAGAUGGCUGCUGCUGAGGGGCAAGGGAUGAUGGAUGAGGAUGAGACAGGAAUGGACCGUCCCGAAGGCGAGGAGGACGAGGAACAAGGCAUGGAGCGCGAUUUGGAUGACGAUAUUCCGGACGCGGAUGCCGAUGCCGAAGGCCUGAUUGAGGAAGGAGAGGAAGGGCUGGAGGACGAUAUCGCGGAUGAGGAGGGAUACAUGGAACGGGACCUGGAUGACGAUAUCCCCGAGGGCUAUCCCGAUGAUGACUACGGCGGCGAGGGGCUUUAUGACGAGGACGACGAGGAGGAUGAGGACUUUGAUAACCAGCCUGACCUGGAUGCCGAGAUCCCUGCCGCUAGCGAGGGCGAGCCCAUGAGCGAAGAAGGCAUGGUCCGUGACCUGGAUGACGAUAUUCCCGACGCUGCCGAGGACGGGUCCGAGCAGGAAGGGGAAUGGCAGCAUACAGAUACAGAGGAAGAGCUGGACGAUGAUGAUGACGAUGAUCCCAGCAUCCCCCACUCUCGUUUUGCAGAGAACUUCCGGACUAGCACGCCCAACAGUCGUGGCGGCUUGCCUCCGCCGCUUCGCCGCGAACGCGGGACCGAAGCCCAGCGGCGGUUCCUACAACGCUGGAGUGGUGGGGGUGAUGCCCUGGACUCGAGCAGUGUGGUCCUUGAGGAGGAAGAUCUGCGCACUUCCAUUACGAGCCAGGGGAGUCGACGCAGUGGAUUUGGACGACGGUUCCCACGGCAUCUCGGUGGGCCCAGGGAUAGUCUCAAUUAA